CCCUGCCAGAGCGCCCAUGGUUUGAUGGGAUCUUCACUGUCAAGAGUGCUCAUCACUUCCAAGUGCCGAGCACUUUGUAGUGAUGGUCCGGACGAUCACUACGACGCGAAAACUUACUUUUUUUUGGUGUUCGUUUUCUGAUUUUAUUUCAUCCGGCGUCGACUUGAAAAUCAAGCCUCUCUCUCUCAGUCUCUCACGACACGCAGUCCGCAGUCCGAGAAACUUACAGAAUCUAAAUUACCUUGAAACCACGAGGCCAGAAGGUCAUUUGACUUUCAUGGAUGCAGGUACUCUUGCAUUGUCGUUUCUAGGCCGCAUAGGGAAUACUUAUGCAACGGUCUACGUUCACGCCCACUGCGACUUUAUAACGCUUGCGUAUCUAUUCCCUGCUUUAUUGGACAAGGUCGAAGAGGGGCAGCAGCUCAAUGUUGCAACUGGGUGUUGGCCUUUGGGUCACCCAUUGCCCCAGGCGGCACAAUAUCCAAGUUGGAACCUCUGGAACCUCUCCGUUGGUGCGAUGCAUAUCGUUCCUCUCAAGUUAUCUCGGCAGCCGACUUCCAUGUGAACUUCGCAAUGCCGCAUGUACAAUAAGACGAGGAGGAUUCCUUGAGAGCGCUUGCGGCAGAGUAGACUUGGUUUAUGACAAAAGAAGAAGAAAAAAAGAAGUCCAGACCACCAUUCUGUCCUUGGCGGCACUACUUCGUACCCCAAGUACUAUAGAUGCUCGUCAGUUAUUCCCGAGUGAUCUAGACCUCUACAUAGUAGAAACCACAGGCAAAGCGUAGCACAAUACCCAAAACGGUUCCACACCACUACUGAAACCAACUGCCAGGGUAUUUGUUGCUAGUC